AUGGCUGAUCUACACUACAAGCUGAACCCACAGCUGUCGGCAGAAGAAGUGUCCCGACUCGUCGAACAGCUCUAUGAAAAUCAACUCGUCCAGGUCGCCAACAAAACCGCGCAAAUCCACCCGCAUAUCCUGGACAUGAGGUGCGGAAGAACUUUCAACCCGGCUAUGACAACAGAAGCUCUAUUGCCAAAGCUGAGAGAGUUGAAGAGACUAGCAGAAGGUUAUUGCAUUUCUGAGUGGUUGUCAGAGGUUCUCCUAGCCUUAAGAGAUCAUUAUGAAGAGGGAGAGGAAGAUGGAGAAGGAGGAGAGGAUGAUGACGAAGAUGAAGAGGAAGAAAGCCGAGACUAUGACCCAUAUAGUAACGUCCUUGAUCUCACAUAUGAUGAGCUUUGGGGCCGAUAG